AUGUACUUUCCAACGAUCCUCCUCACACUCUUAGCUCUUUUCACCACAAGUAUACACGGCUGCGCUCACUACUUGAACUGCAAAUGCCACGAUAGCAAGGACAACCUCCAAAAUGACUGGGUCACGGAACAGGCUUGCGACAAGUACAAGACAGAUCAUGGAUCCAAACAACUCAAAUACAAAGGGGCUCCGCAUCAUCAGUGCGUUGGCAACCCCAUAGACGACGGUACCCGAUCGAUGGAUAAUUGCGAGUGGGAUAAGGCGUGCAAAUCGUAUGGAACGCAGUAUUAUCAGUGGUGCUGGGAGAAGUUGUGGUAG